GCCUAAACUGCGGCUGUUCAGCUGUUGAACUGUUCAGUCUAGACACUUGUGCAGCAAGGCAGUGCAGUGUGUGGCGGCUAUUUGAAAUUAUACCGGUUGCUCUAUCCAGGACGUCACAGUCAGACUUAAUUUCGAGGUUAAAUUGUAACUAUGGCAGGAGUAUUCACCAAAUUCACGAAAACAGCUGUUAAAAUCAGCAGGAAUGGGGAACUCAUCAAGACUGCACCUCGUCGCUCUUAUGGGACCGAACACAGGGUGGUCGCCAAGAAUCCGGUCGUUGAAAUGGACGGUGAUGAAAUGACGAGGAUCAUCUGGGAAAAAAUCAAGGAAAGGCUCAUUUUCCCAUACGUGAAAGUGGAAUGUUUGUACUACGACCUAGGGUUGCCUUACAGAGAUCAGACCGACGACCAAGUCACCAUCGAUGCCGCCCACGCCAUCUUGAAACACAACGUCGGAAUCAAAUGUGCCACAAUCACUCCAGACGAACAGAGAGUUGAAGAAUUCAAACUGAAGAAGAUGUGGCUAUCCCCAAACGGCACCAUCAGGAAUAUUCUGGGUGGAACGGUCUUCAGGGAGCCGAUUCUUUGUAAAAACAUUCCGAAACUGGUACCCGGUUGGGUGAAUCCGAUUGUGAUUGGUCGUCACGCUUUCGGUGACCAAUACAAAGCCACAGAUUUCGUAGUACCUGGACCUGGGAAGGUCGAAAUGACUUACACCUCUACCGACGGCAAAGUCCAAAAAUACGAAGUCUACAACUUCAAAGGUCCCGGUGUAGCUUUAGGAAUGUACAACACAGAUGAAAGUAUUAAAGCAUUUGCUCAUUCGUCAUUCCAAGUAGCCCUGAACAAGGGCUGGCCCCUAUAUCUUUCAACGAAAAACACCAUCUUGAAAAGAUACGAUGGAAGGUUCAAGGAUAUAUUCCAAGAAAUUUACGAGAAAGAAUACAAACCCCAAUUCGAGGCCAAAAAGAUCUGGUAUGAACAUCGUCUCAUCGAUGACAUGGUAGCCCAAGCUCUCAAAUCUUCUGGAAAAUUCGUAUGGUCCUGCAAAAAUUAUGACGGAGAUGUGCAAUCUGAUAUUGUGGCACAAGGUUAUGGUUCCUUGGGAAUGAUGACGUCAGUGCUCAUGUGUCCGGAUGGAAAAACCAUAGAAUCUGAGGCAGCUCAUGGAACAGUGACAAGGCACUACAGGGAACACCAGAAAGGAAACCAGACCUCAACCAACCCCAUCGCCUCCAUCUUUGCCUGGACGAGAGGUUUGGAACACAGGGGUAACCUUGACGGUACACCUGACCUCAUCAAAUUCGCCAAAACCUUGGAAAAGGCUUGCGUGGAUUGCGUCGAAUCAGGCAAACUCACCAAAGAUUUGGCCGCUUCUAUACACGGGGGUGUUAGUAACGUGAAACCGGGGAUGUACCUCAACACGCAAGAUUUCCUGGAAGCCAUCGCAGAACAGCUGGAGAAAACGAUCAAACAUUGAUAUUUUUGAUACUUACCUUUUUCUAUUUCGUGAUUCCCUAGACUUAUUUUCAUUUCCAUUUUGUAAAUAAGUAUUCCAAUGAUUCGUUAGAUGAAUCAUAAAUGCAAUAAAGUGAAUGAGUAUAUUUUUAUACAAUAAAAUAUAUAUUGAAGAAA